CAUUGCUUUUGUUCACAUCCCCCAAUGCCUGUUGUAAGGCUUGGGUAUGUCAGUGACGUCACCACCGUUCCCAUAAUCUGAUUGUGCAUCUUCUUCUUCCUGGAUGGACUCCGGACCUGCCCUAUAAACCGAAACCGGGAAUUGAGUAAGAUCGCAGCUGGUCGUUUGGAACUGUUUUCCAUACGGUGUGGGGCCCGUUGGAUGGUUGGAGCGCCGUGCAUGUGUUCGAUAAAUGGAAAGCUGUCAUUCGGGCUAUGACGUUUGCUGACGCGAGGACUGAGAAUCAUUGCUGACGUCAUUGCCCCGCACGUAGUGGCGUUACGUUUCUUGCCUAAGACCCCCCACGUACUGCGUGAGAAGCAGCUGAAGCCAGCCCACCCUACCCUUCUCUGUUGUUUUUCCUGUGACCCGGCUUCUCAGAAACCAAGAUGAAUAAUCUGUCUUUCAGUGAGUUGUGUUGCCUUUUCUGUUGCCCUCCUUGCCCAGGGAAGAUCGCCUCCAAGCUGGCCUUUUUACCUCCUGAUCCAACCUACACCCUUAUAUGUGAUGAGAGUGGCAGCCGCUGGACUCUUCAUCUUUCAGAAAGAGCAGAUUGGCAGUACUCUUCCCGGGAAAAAGAUGCUAUUGAAUGUUUCAUGACUAGAACAAGUCGAGGAAACCGCAUUGCUUGCAUGUUUGUGCGUUGUUGUCCCAGUGCCAAGUACACACUGCUGUUUUCUCAUGGCAAUGCUGUUGACCUGGGUCAGAUGAGCAGCUUUUACAUAGGCCUGGGCUCUCGGAUUAAUUGCAACAUUUUUUCGUACGAUUAUUCUGGAUAUGGGUCAAGUUCGGGGAAACCAUCAGAGAAGAAUUUAUAUGCUGAUAUUGAUGCUGCUUGGAUUGCUCUUAGAACACGGUAUGGAAUUCGUCCAGAACAUGUCAUUAUAUAUGGACAGAGCAUAGGGACGGUGCCAUCUGUGGAUCUUGCUGCUCGCUAUGAAAGUGCUGCUGUUAUUCUACACUCUCCUCUUACCUCAGGGAUGCGGGUAGCUUUCCCAGACACCAAGAAAACCUAUUGUUUUGAUGCAUUCCCAAACAUUGACAAGAUCUCGAAGAUCACUUCCCCCGUUCUGAUCAUACAUGGCACAGAGGAUGAAGUCAUAGACUUUUCUCAUGGUUUGGCACUAUUUGAGCGCUGCCAGAGGCCAGUGGAGCCACUAUGGGUAGAAGGCGCCGGACACAAUGAUGUGGAACUUUAUGGACAAUACCUUGAGCGAUUAAAACAGUUUGUCGCACAAGAGCUAGUAAACUUGUAAACAACUUUGCAACACAUUUCCCAACAAUGGAUUGCAGCUCUCCAUAGUCUCAAAAGGGUUUAGCAGACCAUUUCUCUCUUAUACUUCAUUUGCUGGACUGUGAGCCAUAGAAAAGUACUUUAAAGCCUGAAGGUCUGUUUGCAAAUCAGAUUGGUUGCCUUAACAGAUGGACAGGUAAUGAUCUGUUAACAUCGGUAAUGAAGUUUUUAUACCAGUAUUACUAUCUGGAAUAACACUUGUGCAGUCAGCCUUCUUUAAUUUACCUAAUUGUGUGACACUUUACUACUUAAUUUUUUCAGGCCACUAUGGGGAUCUUGGCAUCAACAACCCACAAUAUUCACAGGAUAUGUCAGAACAUAUCAAGGGUGUGCAAUAUUUAAAUAACUGCAAAGAGAUCGGCAGAAAGAAUUGCCCGUGACUUCACUAAAUCCGUAAAUCUCUAUGUAUUUCUACAUAUCAUCCCCCAAAUCAAUUUAGGAUUUUAACACCUUUUGACGGUAGAUGAAACCGAUAACAGCUGUAAAAGAAAUUUUCGUGUUUUUUUUUUUUUUUUUUUUAACCUGUGAAAUAUGAACUAUAUCAAGUGUAAAACUUGCACAUGUUGCCAAAUGUUUAAGAAAUGGGAAAAUUGCAUGUUUUUUUAAUUUGUUUUCAGGGUUAGCCGGGCCCUUAACAUAAAUAUAAGCAACAUCUCAAGAUAUAUUGUAAUUUCAUCUACUGACCUGUUCAGCUGUAUAAAGGAAACAUACCACUGAUGCUGUGCUUAAUAAUGGUAGCUAAAUCAUUUUGUAUACAUCAUGAAUUCAGUUUACAGAAGUUAAUACUAUUUUUUUUUUUUUUUUAAAAUGCAGGUGAUAAUAGUUAAAAUGUCAUUAAUUGCACUUUUUACUGCUGGACAAAAAACAUUUUCAUUUAAGAAAAAUCCUGCCUGGUUAGGGUUUCAUUUUAUGUAUUGUUUGUCCUCAUUUAAACUGUGCAGGCUAGUCUUUCUGGUACAUAUAUAAAUCAACAUUUUUAUGUUCAGAAUUAUGGUUCGCCUCUAUGGAAAGGAUUUGGUACAUUGUAUAGUUGUUUUGUGCUUCACCCCCUUAUUGCCACUGGUGCUAGCAUCACAUUAAUGAGUCUGAACCAUGGUGCCAUGUUAAGUAUAGGGGAUGGAGGAUUCUACUGCAUAGUCAUUCCCGUUGCUGAGCAACAACACGACGGGCUCUAAGAUUCUUCAUCACUUGCCCCUGUUAAAUGAAGUAAUUGGCUCAAAUUUCUCACUGAGGACAGCGGGGAGAUUUUUUGCACUGGGCUGCAUUCCCCAGACGUCUACAAAUGGGCCCUUUAUCUGUAAAACUGACUAGAAAAGUUGCCAAUUUUUUUUUUUUUUUUAAGCUGAAGUAGCUAGAUUGAGAUGGAAAUUAAGUCUGUUUUAAUUGUAUUUGCACUGAUAGCCACAGUGUAAUAAGUAGCUGCUUUUGAAUGUUGGGAACGAAUAAAAACCUCAGAAGAAACAGGUCUGGCUUCUUUUCAGUGCAUGAUAACCAAUCAAUGUGCAUUACAGGGCACACUAAACUAGAGCUUAUAUUGGCCAUUUUUUUCCCCUCUGGAGACCUACUUUCCUUUCUUUCUUUUGUUCAUUUGCUCGCUCGUAUCAGAUGGCACAGGAAGGAUUAAUUAGAUUGUUUUUCUAUUGAUCUAGUUCAGGCUUCUUCCUUUUUUUUUUUUUUUUUUUUUUUUUUUUUAUAAUUAAAUUUCUUUCUCAACUUGCUUUUUCCCUUAGCGAAUUUGCUUAAAUAAACCUGUCAACGAUGAAUGCAACUCAGAAUUACAGAUACCUAGUUUUCAUUUGUGAAUGAAUACAAGACACACUGUGGUUAUAUAUAAAGGCCUUAUUUAGUGUAUCAAAGUGUUGUGGAUGUCUGGGAUUGUAUACAGUUUAUUAAUAUCUAAUAUUCAAAUUUGCCUUGGUUCGAAUGUUACCCAGUAAACUAUUACAAAUGUA